GGGGCGGAAGACAGGCGUCAUUCUCUGGAACCUAGGGACUUCCUCUCUCUGCUUGUCUGGGUCAACUUGUCUGUCCAUCGCUGGCCCAUCUCUCUCUGGCCCUCUCUCACUCUCAGCAGCUGUCUCUCACAGGCCCGCUGCCCUGCCUUUUCUUUCCCGCUAUUGCCUCCUGCUCCGCCUGCCUGGGUGGCCGCCAUGGGCCGGAAGCGGUUCAUCACUGACUCCUACCCUGUUGUGAAGAAGAGGGAGGGGCCCCCUGGGCACAGCAAGGGGGAGCUGGCACCAGAGCUAGGAGAAGACACCCAGUCCCUCAGCCAGGAGGAAGCAGAGCUGGAGUUGCUGAGGCAGUUUGACCUGGCCUGGCAGUAUGGGCCUUGCACAGGUAUCACACGGUUACAGCGCUGGCAUCGGGCAGAGCAGAUGGGCUUGAAGCCCCCCCUAGAGGUGCACCAGGUGCUGAAGACACACCCUGAAGACCCCCGCUUCCAAUGCAGCCUCUGGCAUCUCUACCCACUCUGAGGUACCACCUAGGUGUCCUUAACACCUCCUAGCCACCAAGAACUUCAGGAGAGAAUUCAUGGCCGGUAGAUGCUGCUCUGCUCAGCUCAACUCUGAAGAAACAGUCAGCAGGCUGACUGUGGAGGUCUUCCUGGUUCAGCCUCUUCUCUGUCUAAGCAACAAGCCCCUGAUGCUCCCAAGACCUGUGUAGCUGAAGUCAAACACCUCCAGAGCCUAAUCAUGACCACCAGAUGCUUGUGGUGCGGUAAAUCCAGCACAGCAUGGCACAAAGCCAGAUGUUGGCAGAUGAGAAUCAAGGAAUCUACUAAUGCUUACAAUAAAGUAUAUU